CCAUGCUAAUUGUUUUGACCAUUUCUACCGUCAUUUAUAUACUCCCCUCUAUAGGACCUCCAGUGCGACUCUGUGGCAGAUGUUGACCACAGACAGAGCCUUGCUAGAGGAUCUAGAGAUUCCAGGCAGGAAACAGUCAGGGCCAGCAAACACCCCCAACAAAGGAUCCCCCAGGCAGGAAGCAGCCAGGCUUUGAAGCUGCAAGGCUAUUCAGUGCUAAUCAGGGUGGCCAACUGCAACAUUCACUCUUGCCUCAGGCAAACAAGAGUUCUUUCUCCCAUCCUGGACAUUCCACAGAUACAGUAGAGUCUUACUUAUCCAAGCUAAACAGGCCGGCAGAACCUUGGAUAAGCAAAUAUCUUGGAUAAUAAGGAGGGAUUAAGGAAAAGGCUAUUAAACAUCAAAUUAGGUUAUGAUUUUACAAAUUAAGCACCAAAACAUCAUGUUAUAUAACAAAUUUGACAGGAAAGUAGUUCAAUACGCAGUAAUGUUAUUUUGUAAUUACUGUAUUUACGAAUUUAGCACCAAAAUAUCACGAUGUAUUGAAAACAUUGACUACAAAAAUGCCUUGGAUAUUCCAGAACCUGGAUAAGCGAGUCUUGGAUAAGUGAGACUCUACUGUAUAUAAACCCCACUUGCCUAGUUUCCAACUGACCUUACAACCUCUGAGAAUGCCUGCCAUAGAUGUGGGCAAAACAUCAGGAUAGAAUGCUUCUGGAACAUGGCCAUACAGCCUGGAAAACUCACAGCAAUCCAUUGAUCUUUUUCUUAGCAGCACAGUUGGUGUUUCUUCGCCAUAUUUGGAAGACUUUCCUUUUCAUAUCUUUGAUCUAAUUCUCAUCUAAGUGUCUUGAUGUUGGGUUGCUCUGAGUUUUCCAGGCUGUAUGGCCAUAUUCCAGAAGCAUUCUCUCCUGACGUUUUGCCCAUAUCUAUGGCAGGCAUCCUUAGAGGUUGUGAGUCUUGAUGUUUCUUCAUUUGGUGUCCAAUUGUUUGUUUACAAGCAAGGCAGACUCUAGCAAUACAUGGAGCGAGAGUUGCCAGAUGUCCAAGCUGAGUUCAGAAAAGGCAAAAGAACGAGAGACCAAAUUGCCAAUAUCUGCUGGAUAAUGGAGGAAGCCAGGGAGUUUCAGGAAAACAUCUACUUCUGCUUUAUUGACUAUUCUAAAGCCUUCGAAUGUGUGGAUCAUAAUAAACUAUGGCAUGUUCUUGGUGGUAUGGGGAUACCAAGUCACCUUGUCUGUCUCCUGAGAAAUCUGUAUAAAGACCAAGUAGCCACAGUAAGAACAGAUCACGGAACAGACUGGUUCAAGAUUGGGAAAGGAGUGCGGCAGGGCUGCAUACUUUCACCCUCCCUAUUCAACUUGUAUGCAGAACACAUCAUGCGAUGUGCGGCUUGAGGAAUCCAAGGCCGGAGUUAAAAUUGCUGGAAGAAACAUUAACAACCUUAGGUAUGCAGAUGAUACCACUCUGAUGGCCGAAAGCGAGGAGGAGCUGAGGAGCCUUAUCACCAAGUUGAAAGAAGAAAGUGCAAAAGCUGGGUUGCAGUUAAACAUCAAGAAAACCAAGAUCAUGGCAACUACACCUAUUGAUAACCGGCAAAUAGAAGGAGAAAGCAUGGAGGCAGUGGCAGACUUUAUAUUUCUAGGUGCGAAAAUCAAAGCAGAUGCAGACUGCAGCCAGGAAAUCAGAAGAUAUUUACUUCUUGGGAGGAGAGCAAUGGCCAACCUUGAUAAAAUAAUGAAAAGCAGAGACAUCACACUGGCAACGAAGGUCAGCAUAGACAAAGCAAUUGUAUUCCCCAUAGUAACUUAUGGGUGCGAGAGCUGGACCAUAAGGAAGGCUGAACGAAGGAAGAUAGAUGCUUUUGAACUUUGGUACUGGAGGAAAAUCCUGAGAGUGCCUUGGACCACAAGAAGAUCCAACCAGUCCAUCCUCCAGGAAAUAAUGCCCGACUGCUCACUGGAGGGAAGGAUAUUGGAGGCAAAGCUUAAGUAUUUUGGCCACAUCAUGAGGAGACAGGAAAGCUUGGAAAAGAUCACGAUGCUGGGGAAAAUGGAAGGAAAAAGGAAGAGAAGUCGACCAAGGAGAGCUCUGAAUUCUUAUUUUGAGCCACCACUUGAUGAACCGGCCAUGGACACGAUGCCUCCUCCUGUAACAGAGACCUUUGUUGAUCUUACUGGUGAAUCAUCUGAUAAUAGCGUACCUGCUGCUGUAGAAAAAAUUGGUCUCAACCCACAAGAUGAUGAGAGUACAUUGUCUUUAAUUACCUGGAAUAUAGAUGGCCUGGAUUUGAAAAAUCUUCCAGAAAGGGCACGAGGAGUCUGCUCUUAUAUUGCUUUAUACAGCCCAGAUGUUGUUUUUUUACAGGAGGUUAUUCCUCCACUUUUUGACUACCUACAGAAGAGAGCAGUCAGUUACACAAUUAUUCCAGGUAAUACGGACGCAUAUUUUACUGCCAUAAUGUUAAAAAAGUCAAGAGUAAAAAUAAUAAAACAUGAAAUAAUACGUUUUCCUACAACAUCUAUGAUGAGAAAUUUACUAGCAGUGCAUGCAACUGUUUUUGGCAACGAGCUCUGCUUUAUGACUUCCCAUCUAGAAAGUACUAAGGACCAUGGUGAGGAACGUUUAAACCAGUUGAAAAUGGUGCUGGCAAAAAUGAAAGAGGUUCCUGAGUCCACUACUGUAAUCUUUGGAGGAGAUACAAAUCUGAGAGACAAAGAGGUUGCUAAAAUAGGUGGAUUACCAAAUAAUAUUCUGGAUAUCUGGGAGUUCUUGGGGAAGCCAGAACAUUGCAAGUACACGUGGGACACAAGUCAAAACACUAAUUUGGAGGCCCGUUACAACUGCAAAAUGCGAUUUGAUCGCCUCUUCCUUCGAGCAGCGUCUGCUGGCGGACAAAUUAUUCCUCAGAGUUUGGAUUUAAUUGGGCUUGAAAAACUAGACUGUGGCAGAUUUCCUAGCGAUCACUGGGGCCUGUUUUGCAAUUUUGAUGUGGUACUCUGAACAAAAAUUGUUUUAAGGACACUUUUACAAUUUUUUUUCUGCAGAAUUUUAAACCAUGAUUUCUCCAGAUUCACAUUCGUAAGACUUGAUACACUCCUUUUGUUGCUGCUGCUAAUAAAUGGGGGGAAAUACCCUCUUAGGUGAUUUUAUUUUCUUUCAGCUUCCAGCUCUAGGAGUAAGUUAAUUCUUGAGCAAAACAAACCCAGUUUUCCUAUUGGAACAGAAUAUUUUCAGUAUGUCUUGAAUACUGAUGUACAUACAUAAUCUUGUGUUCAAUAAAGAUGGACUGCAAGGA